CGCACAGAUCAGCGACAACUCAGUUGUUGGUGACAUGUAAAUGCCACGUGUUUUUAAUUUAAAAUUAAAUAAAUAAAAUAAUUAUUUUUUAGUUAUUUUUUUCUCCCCAUAUUUUUUUCUUUCCUUUCGUGUCACUCUACACAGAUCUGUAAAUUCCCAAAACCAAUUAACUAUCUUUUCCUCCAUGUAUCUUUCCUUUCCUUUCCUUUCCUUUCGUCUCUCUACACAAGUCUGUAACAUUCCCAAAGCCAAACAAAAAUCCAAUUGAAAUAUUAAUCUCCACCCAUCAAUCCCACUCUCUUUUGAUGUCGCAUGUCGGAGCUCUACUCUCCGUAAAGUACAGGUCUAGAGGAAGAUGGCGGCUAGAUGCAGGCGGAGAUAGAUGGUGAGCAGCACAGCGGGGACAGAUCGACCGCGGGGGGAUGCGGGCGGAAAUAGAUGUCGAGUAACGUAGCGGGGACAGAUCGACGACACCCAGAUGUGGGCGGAGACAGAUCGACGACACCCGAAACAGCGAUGACGAGCGGAGAUCUAGGUGCGACGACAGAGAGGCGAACCGAUGGUGGCCGACCAUGGAAGACGGUGGUGAGCAGUGCAGCGGGGGGAAGUUGGAUUUGGCCGAGUACCCAGGCGGAGAUACACAAGCUUUUCACCUUUCGAUCCACUCCCACUGGGUAGGCCUUCCAUCCAGACCACCGCCAUUACUGUCUCUCUGGCUGGGUAGGCCUUUCAAAGAGAACAACCUAGAGCAAUGAAGAAGGGGAGAGAUUGGAAGAGAGCUUAAGAAAAGAGGGGAUUUUUUUCUCUGGUUUUUCUCUGGGAACACGAAUGGGAAGAAUAAGAGAAUAAAGAUUAUCAAAGACUCAUUUUUAAUGUUUAAUUUUUAGUUUUUUUAGUUUAUCCACAUAGAUUUGUUAGUUGUUACCAAAUGGAGUGUCCAGCUCAACCUUCAGUUAGUCCAACUCAGUUCGUUACUUGACACCGUCAAAAAAUCGGACGGAAGUGGCUAUUUUUGGUAUUUCGUCGGAAAUGACUAUAGCUUUUCAGAAGCAGCUUCUGGUUGUAGCUUUUAGAUAAGUACUUUUCAAAAAAACCAGUUUUGUGUUUGGCUGUAAAACUAUUAGAAGAGCUUUUUAAUAUGAGCGGUUGUGUAAAAUGACUAUAAAGGACUUAUAAUAUAAAAUAUAAAUAAAAAUUCUAAACAAUAAAAAGUAGUCAAAAUGGAUCUUGUUAGAUUUCAAUUAUAUUAAAUAAUAUAAUUUUAUAAUUUAUUUUUUUUAAAAUGAUAUAAAUGAAGGAAAAUUAUAUUUUCUGAAAUAAAAUUAAAAUAUGGUAAGGAUAAUCUUUUCAAAACAGCUUUUCGCUCGGAGCUUCUGCUUUUAUGUUAUACAAAAGUACUUUUCGGCUUUUCAAAAGCCGAGCUUUUAGAGAUGUUUGACCCUGCUUCAGCUUUUGAAGCCGAAAAACACUUCUAAAAACCGAGCCAAACAUAGGCUAUAUUUGGUCAAACCGUUAAAGUUUUGGCUACAUAUUUUGCUUAUUUUUCCCCCUAAAAAAGUAUGAGCAAUCCUUAACCAAUACGGAUCGUUUUCUUCUUAACCCAUUUAUAGACGGACCCGACCCAAAGAAAAGUCGGGGAACGAACGCGAACACAACCAAAUAAUGCCUUCGAAGACCUCCGCUCCGGCGGACUCCAUCCCCUACACCGCCGUCCCCACCGUAUACCCUCACAACGUGAUCGUCCUCCCUCACUACCGCCCUCCUCGACCGAACCCAACCCUCCUCUUCCUCCGCCGCUGCUCCGCCUUCGCCGCCGUCGCUCUCCUCCUCUCCGCCGCCCUCUUCUUCCUCUACCCAUCCGACCCGCACAUCACGGUCGCCCGGGUCGGGCUCAACCACAUCCAGGUCCAUUCCUCCCCGAAGCUCACGCUGGACAUCUCGUUGUCCCUCACCGUCAAGGUUCGGAACCCAGAUUUGUUUUCCCUCGACUACGAUUACCUCUCCGUGUCGAUCGGGUACAGAGGGCGGCAGCUCGGCGUCGUGAGGUCGCUCGGCGGCACCGUCAAGGCGAGAGGGUCGUCGUAUGUUAAUGCGACGCUUAAUUUGAAUGGGCUCGAAUUCUUUUUGGAUGCCUUCUACUUGAUCGAGGAUUUGGCCAAGGGAGUCGUCCCUUUCGAUACGAUGACCACGGUCAACGGCGAUCUUGGGCUCUUGUUAUUUGAGAUCCCUAUCGAGGGGAAAGUAUCCUGUGAAGUUUAUGUUAGCACAAGCAACCAGACCGUUGUACGUCAAAAUUGCUACCCUCUGGUAAGGAACCCGGCUGCCUUUGUGAUCACUUGAUGUACAUUGUAGUGGACUACUCUAAAGGAGAAUGUGUGCUUUGUUAGUUGCUAUAUCAAUGCAUCGGUCAAGCUCUAUAACUGGAAACAUACAUACAAGCAAAUGAGCUGGGAACAUGGACAUCGGUCAUUAGCUAAUAAUAAGUUCGCACUCAUUGAUAUGUUUUUGGAGGGGUAGCAUUCACUAUCCGAAGCAAUCUUCAUAUAUCUGUUAGAUCUUGUGCUGACAAUUCCAGCACACUUUCUUUUCUCCAUCCAUUGUUUACGCUAUGUUUGGUGGCUGAAUUUACUGAUCCGUUUUUACUUACUCCUGUGCAACCCUGCCAGUGACAUGAGAAGCCAUGCAUCAUCAGCAGAGGGCAAGGCUUGUCAAACCCGGAGUAAUUAUGGCGUCCAAUGUACGUGAAGCCUGAUCCUUUUAGUCACCUGUUGGGUAGAAGAGCAAAUUCCAGCUUCUCCUUCACCAAGGGCUUUGCAUACUGUACAGGUGUGUUGUUUUAGAGACUCGUCGUAGUUAAGCUUCGUGGUCACUGCCUAAUGACGGCCUUCGGUGUUUCAUUGAUUCGGAUGGGAUGCAAACUGAUGGAUAUUAUGCGAGACAACUUUCUGUACAUAUACUGAAUUACUCAUAACUGAUUUUUGAGUCUACCCGUGAAUAUUUAUUGCCAAUGGGUUAUGAUAAAAUGACCCUAUUGGCAAAGGUUAUUGUGUUGGAUGAGUUGCAGGAUUAUUGUCCUUUCUCCAGAAGGAAUCACGGGUUCCACAAUCUUGUCCAAAUACUGGUUUUCAUUUGUUUUUUCUUUUUGAAGAGGUAUAUGGUAUGUUGAAGUCUCCAUUGUUGAUGGUUCUUUGCGGGAAUCAUCUUUUCUUCUUUUCACGAGAUCAGAAUCAGUCCUUUUCAGAACCAAGAAGCAAAAUUUGCACUGAUCUAAAGUAGUACUGCACACUCCCCUUUGUUUGGAUCAUUCGAAAAUUAUUCGGUGAAUUAUUGCAGUAUCGGAAUAAAGUGCCGAACAAUCU